GGCGCGCGAGGGGGGCGUGGUCCCCCUUGUUGCAGACCCGGGAGCGCGGCGAAGCCAGCCACCCGGCCCGGUUCCAGGGCUAGGGGCUUCGCCGGCCUGCUGGCCGGGAGGAAAACAGGGGAGUGGGGUGCACAGUGCGGAAAGACCGUGGCUAGCCACCCCCUCCCCUGGCACAGCGGCCUGGAGUCGGCCUGGGGGCUCCUUCCAUGGAGUCCCAGCGGGCUGUGGCUGCUGGUAGUCGGAUCUGUUCCCCGCCCCCGGGACUGACGGCUGCAGCCGCGCUUGGCUGUCCGAACUGUCCCCCGGCUCGGGGGCUGUGCUGUGGAGUUCUUCCGCCCUGCAAACCUGGCCCCACUACGGCCCCCGGCCCUGCGGGUAAUGCCGUCUACACUGUACUGGUGGACGAAUCUUUACUGAGGCGGAAGGCGGGGUCGGCCUCGGCCCCCGGGAGGCCCGGACAGCUGCAGCAGCAGGGGGCUAUCCAUUGCAGUGGCCAAGUGGGGCCAGAGGAAUUGCUUCCUGGACAGAAAGCUGAGGACCCAUGGGGCCUAGAGAGCUGGGAUGAGGCUGGAGAUUGGGACCAGAAUGGGCUGCUGCAAUCUGCAUACAUCCCUGUCCCCAGGCAGAGAUGCCCCCCUGGAAAGGCUGGUUUGGAUGAAGUCAUGGCUGCUGCAGUCCUUACUAGCUUGUCCACUAGUCCCCUGAUUUUGGGUCCCCCCUCUGUACCCUUCAGCCCAGCAGAGUCUUGCUGUCAUCCUUGGAAGGAGUCAUCAGCUGGACCGUCCGGCAGCUACAGCAGCAGCAACAAUAGUGGAGACUGGGGCUGGGACCCCCCCAGUGACCAGUCUUCUCCAUCCACACCCUCACCACCACUGCCCCCUGAGGCUGCCCAUUUUCUUUUUGGAGACCCCACACCCAGGAAGAGGAAGAACUCGGUGAAAGUGAUGUUCAAAUGCCUGUGGAAGAGCUGUGGGAAAGUGCUGAGCACUUCAUCUGGAAUACAGAAACACAUUCGAACUGUGCACCUGGGGCGUAGGGCAGAGCCAGAGCAGAGUGACGGUGAAGAGGAUUUCUACUACACGGAGCUGGACAUCAAUGUGGAUUCGCUAACUGAUGGCCUGUCUAGCCUGACCCCCAUGUCACCCACUUCCUCAGUGCCCCCAGCCUUCCCCAGCUUGGAUCUGCCGGUCCCAGCUCCAUCUGAGACCACAGCCAUGCCCACCAUCCUGAGUCCUGUGGUUCCUACCACUCUGUGCCAUGUCCACAGUGACCAUGCUUAUCAGGGCUGUCUGACUCCAAUCCAUCCAGUUGGGAUCUCAGAUAAGGGGCUACAGCUUCCCCAACCUACAGUCAUUAAGCCCCCUGUACCAGCCAUGCCCUCUGGCCUCAAAAACACCACAGGCAUAAGGAAGCCUCGAGGUGAAGCCAAGAAGUGCCGGAAGGUGUAUGGGAUGGAAAACCGGGACAUGUGGUGCACAGCCUGUCGCUGGAAGAAGGCCUGUCAGCGGUUCCUUGAUUGAAGCCCAGCUUAUUCCAAUCCUAGCCCCAGCCCCAUUUCUUGCACAGUUUGCACUGCAGGUGCCUUGAAAUCCCCACCCUGUCUGGGAGACUGUUCUCCUUUCUCAUGACUUGGGGGCAGCUCUUCUUCCCCCACCCCUAUGGGGUCUCCAGAAAGCUCCUCCAGCUGAGGAUAGCCCUCUCCUGAACUCGGCUCCCUCUGAUUUUUUUAAAAAAGGAAAUAAGCUAUUGUUCUCUUCCCUUCCCCUCCCACGAAAGAGCAGGUGGUUUGGAGGUGGUGCCCCCAGAGGAUUCCUUCUCUCCCCUGCCUCCUCCCCAGCCUCGUUUGCACGUGUGGGUGGGGACGUCUGUGACAACUGAAAAGUGCCUGAGGAAACCAGCAGUUUGCACUAAAAUGCUGAGAGGUCGAGUCAGGCCCCCUCCACCUCCCCCCUGCCCACACUGACUUCGGGAGGCAGCCGAAGCUGUGGACUACAGCAGAAGGAGCCCGACAGUCUGGGACAGUGGCCCUGCCUGCAUGUGACCGUGAUCUUCCUCUUGCUUUCGGGGCAGGAGGGGCUUCCCCUCGCCUCCGUGUGCGUGUGUGUCGUGUGUCUUGUGUCCGUGUAGUGUGUCAGACUCGCUGGUGCCUGUCCCUGCAGAAGGGAGUUUCUGGGUCUCCCAAGAACCGGCCUUCGCAAAAAUAGACUGGUGGUGGGCGUGGGCGAGGAAGACUGAUCUGUUUUUUAAAGAUUUUUACCCUUUAGCGCGGAGGACGCGAGGCGGGGGGGUGGGGUGGGGUAGGGGGAAGCGGCCACACCUCUCUUCCCGGGCUCCGCCUCCUCCCUCCCCCUGAACUUGUGGCCGGGGAGGGGUGGCACGACUGCAUCACGCCCACGGCCCCGCGGGUUCCAGCUGCGCUCUCCGCCCCGUUUGGAGCCUCCGGCGCCGGCUCCUGGCUAAGGGAGGGACUACUUGCGGGGGCCGAAGCUGGCUGGAGAUCCCGAGUGCCCAAUCCCCGCCUCCACGAGAGGUGCAACAUCCAAUGCACUUUGAAAGGGAUCCUGAAGAGGGCUCCCGUCUCAAACGGGAGGAUCUUUCCCUUAUUCCCUCCCCAUUCGGUGCCGCCGCCCCUACGGCUGCGCUCGGCCAGAGCCCUAGGAUCGGGAAUCACAUUCCAAACUUUUGCUUUCUUUGCAAACCGAUUUUCUUGAAACUUUUCCUGCUAAACUAAUGACAUUAGGUCUUCACAGAGUUUGAAGGGAAAGAAAAUUGCACUGUCCGCCGGGUCCCCUCUGGCUCCCGCUCUAGGCUGGACUGACGGGGGUGGGGUCGUGUGGACACUUUGUACCACGUAGGAGAAGCUCAGGUCUCGUUUUGGGCCCUCCUGGACGUAGCUGUAUCAGGGCGAGAAAAGAAAGUAAAGUGUUUUCGGUGGUU